AUGGUGGUGGCGGAGAUGGAGGCGGAGGUGAUCGUGGUGGUGGUGGUGGUGGGGAACGUGGGGGGUGGUGGCGGCGGAGGGGAUGGUGGUGGUGGGGGUGGGGGUGAUGGUGGUGGUGGCGAUGGAGGCGGAGGUGAUGGUGGGGGUGGUGGUGGGGAACGUGGCGGUGGAGGUGAUGGUGGAGGUGGGGGUGGGGGUGGGGGUGAUGGUGGUGGUGGCGAUGGAGGGGGAGGUGACGGUGGUGGUGGUGGUGGGGGUGACGGUGGUGGUGGCGAACGUGGGGGUGGAGGUGAUGGUGGUGGUGGUGGUGGAGAACGCCGGGGUGGAGGUGGUGGUGGCAAACUUUUGAUGAAGCUUAACUUCUGCUGGAGCUACAUCUUCCGGCAGAAUGAGAGUGACAGAACUUGGAGCAAUUAG